AUGGGAAAAGAUUCGGUCCGCGAAAAGGACACCAUGAUUGGUUGUGGUGGCAGAAAAUCGGCACGUCCCGUUAGCGCAUCGCCGUACUCGGAAAACUAUCGGCCCCCGAUGGACCUGUGCCAGCGGCACCUGAUCAACCAUCGCCUGCUGGUGUCGAAGCUGACGCGCCGCGAGCUCGAGGACAAGUACAUCGUGCUGUGCGAUGAGAAUUACAGCAUGAAAAAGCGAGUUCACGAGCAGGAGGACCUCAUCAAGCGCCUCAAAACGAAGCUGAUGCGUGCCUCGAGCGAGAGUAACUGUCGAUCCAAGUCCCGCCUGGAGCUCGGUUCCAACGAGCACUACAAUAGGCUGCACGAUCUGGAGUCACAGCGCCGAGAGUUGCACGAAAAGCUGGAGGCCCUUCGCCGGGCAACGUCGUCCGACGUGCGGCGGAUGGACAGUGUAACGGGCGGAUCGAUGAAACCCACCGGGACGAGACACUCUUCCGGUGCCGUGAACGGUCAAACCCUGCACCGUCGGUCAAAGAGUGCCGCCCAUCGGGCGAAGGAUCGUGAGCCGAGUCGGUGCAAGUCUUCAUCCCCGUCCAACGAUGACUACGAAGAACACUCCCGGGUCCGUGAGCAAGGACUGGCCAAGGACCGCCGAAGCACGGACCACGACGACGAAGACGAUGACGACAUCGAGGAGGAGGUGGAUGGCUACGCUACGAACGGUGGACGCACUCGAAGUGGGCCCAGAAAAUCGUACGGUGCCGAUGACGAGGACGAAGGCGAAGACGAUGAGGACCGUGACCGCGACGGGGACCAGGACCAAGACCGGGAUGUCGCAUCGUGUACGGGCGUGAGCGAAGAAAAUGGAGACGCCGAUCAGCGGUCGGCCAGCGGUGCUAGCGGCGGCGGUGCUACCCGGAACGCCAAAUUCCGUGGGUCACGAUCGCGGCCAUCGGCCAUCGGCAGACCGGUUGCCGGGAACUGUGCCGACUGCGAGCGCCACCACAGCGAGCAGCUGGUGCGCGAAACGGACAUCGUGAAAAUGAAGCUCAACAUCAAGUAUCUGCACAAGGAGCUGCAGAAUGAGAAGGAAAAGAGUGCGCUGCUGGCGCGCCAGCUAGAGGAGAGGCUAUCGUACGAAAUCAUGAAACGGAAUGCGGCCGAAAACAUCGAAAUACUCAACCUGAACCGGCAGGUCGAGGACAUGACGCGAGAACUGCAGCGCCAGGUGGACGAACAGAGGCGCUCGAUGGAGCACGAGAUGCGGAAGCAAGGCGACCUGGAGGCGCAGAUUCGCAAGGAGAAGGACAAGAACAGCGAGCUCUUCGAGGAAUGCGAACGGUUGAAGAAAAGCAUCGAGAAGCUGAAGGAGAACAUGUCCGAGGUGGAGGUAAGCGUGAAGUGACAAGACCUAUCAAGAACUCGGACCACUGGUGUGCCUCCCACUUUCGUCCUGCAGAUUGAGCGAGACUUCCUAAAACGGCAGCAGGAAAAUUUCACCAAAAUCGUGGACGAAAACAAACUGCUCAAGUAUCAGCUCGAUGACCUCCGGAAGCACAAUCAGGGGCUGCUGAAGCAGAUCGACACGCUGAAGGAGGAGGAACUGGUGACGAGGGCAUCACAAAAGGAGCUGCUGGAGAAGCUGAAGACGUUGCAGCAAGACAACGACACGCUGUCGGUGAUGCUGGAAGGAUUGCGCACCGAAAACGAGGUGCUCGCCGAGGAGAAAACGCUACUCGAGCAGAGUCUCAAGAGCUUGGAAGCGUCGCCCAUCAGAGAACUGACGCCAACGCCGCCACUAUCCUCUCCGCAGAAGCCCCUGUUGGCUGAUGUGUGCAUCCAGACGGAGCGCGAAAACUUGCAAACUAUGUCCGAAAGUGUUGUGUUUGAUCCGGACAGAGCACUGGCCUCGACGAAGAGUGAACCACAGCCAACACCCCUACGAAGCUCACACUCUUCGCCGAAGCGUUCUUCGCUGAAAUCAUCACGCAACGGUGGUGAACUAGCAACUCAAGGGGCGGCCCCAACCACACAGCAGCUCCUGCGGCAGGUUACCGUUGGCCAGACGAUACCGAAACUGUCACGCAUCCUGAACAACCGUAUCGAGGAGCGACACAAACCGAGCAACGUCGAGCUGUUGCUCAUGAACAGCUACCCGGCGGAGCUUGAGAAAUCAUUCCGUAGAAACGAACGCUUCCGGGCGAUACAGAGUUCACUCCGAGGGCGCGAGACCGAUCGUGGCUCGAUCGUAUCGAGCGGGUCCGAGCGGCGAAAGAUCUCGUUUGCCGAGUCCAGCCCGGAAUCGGUUGAACGAAACUAUGCCCGUUUGUUUGGGUUCGGACGACAACCGUCCAUGUGGCACGCGGUGGCCAAUCCACUGCAGCCGGCACCGGUAGAUACUAACCCGCGGCCACAGCGCGAUACCGAUCGACUCACGAUCGAGAUACAGUCCGUCCGGUGGCACGAAUCAGCCAUCGAUCUACUGCAGACGGACGGUGUGUCGGUGUUCUACGUUGAGUUUCGGUUUCUCGACCUACACGGUCACCAGCUAGAGACUCCGGGAUCGGCCCCAUUCGUCACGGGCACCACCGGGUUGCGUUUGCAGCACAACUUUCACUUCCAGGUACCCAUCGAACUCGACCCGAACCGCAACCCGGAACGAUGCGCACAACUGAAAGGGAUGCUUGGCCCGGAAGGGCGCGACGUGCUCACGUUUGUGCUGGUAAACGAGCGGCAGGAUUGCGAGGACAUCGGGUACGCCACGGUACGGUUGCGAAGUGAGCUGACCGCGGGGUGCAUCGGACCCGCGGAUGAGCUGCUCGUCCGUGCUCCGAUCUACGAUUUUCGCCGUGAUCACGACGAAAUGGGAAUGCUGACGAUAAAGUUCGAAAACGUUGCCCUUUUGCGCACCUUUAUGACGGCGGAGUAG